GAUGACGUCACUCGCGUGUGACUGUUAGGGCGCAGCCUGUAGUCCACAUCGUUUCUUCGCCAGGAUGGGGACCCAGGUUAAAGACGUGAUUAUUAAACAUGAUGCUCCCAGCACUGUAUUUCUAGACAAGCAUGCAGACUACAUUGCAGUUUAUGGCUCCAAGAAGGACGAUUACGAGUACACCCUCUCGGAGUACCUACGAAUGAGUGGCAUCUACUGGGGCCUGACAGUAAUGGACCUUAUGGGUCAGCUCUCUCGAAUGAACCGUGAGGAGAUCAUAGAGUUCAUCAAGUCCUGCCAGCAUGACUGUGGAGGUAUCAGUGCCAGCCUUGGCCAUGACCCUCAUCUCCUCUAUACCCUCAGUGCUGUGCAGAUCCUAUGUUUGUAUGAUAGCAUCAAUGUGAUUGAUGUGGACAAAGUGGUGGAUUAUGUUAAAGGACUGCAGCAAGACGAUGGCUCUUUCGUAGGAGACAAAUGGGGAGAAAUAGAUACAAGGUUUUCCUUCUGUGCGGUUGCAACAUUGGCACUACUGGGAAAGUUGGAUGCUAUCAACUUGGACAAGGCAGUGGAGUUUGUGCUCUCCUGUAUGAACUUUGAUGGUGGAUUUGGCUGUAGGCCUGGUUCAGAGUCACAUGCUGGUCAGAUUUACUGCUGUACAGGCUUUUUGUCCAUCACUGGACAGCUGCAUCAGGUAAAUGCAGAUCUGUUGGGCUGGUGGCUCUGUGAAAGACAGUUACCGUCAGGAGGUCUGAAUGGGAGACCAGAGAAGCUGCCUGAUGUCUGCUAUUCCUGGUGGGUUCUUGCCUCACUAAAGAUCAUCGGCAGAAUUCAUUGGAUUGACAAAACAAAACUGCAAAAUUUUAUUCUUGCCUGCCAGGAUGAAGAGACUGGAGGGUUUGCAGAUAGGCCUGGAGACAUGGUUGAUCCGUUCCACACUCUGUUUGGUGUGGCCGGACUGUCUUUGCUGGGAGAUGAGCAGAUCAAACCAGUGAACCCCGUGUUUUGCAUGCCUGAAGAUGUGCUUCAGAGGAUCGGCCUUCAACCUGACUUGCUGAGUUGAAAUAUUCAACGUGGCCGUUGCAUUCCCCUCCAACCCGUGUGCAGCCAGCCCUGUUCUGAAUUUGGAAAACCAGCAAAGCGUGGAGAGCACUGAAUAUUGCUGUCAUCUUCAACUAAUAGUUGCACCCUUCAGAAGGACCAGGAUUUGAGAAUUUUGGCUGUAAAGAGACUGUUUUUGUAUUAUUUUACUGUUCUCUUGUCAUUAUGUAUGCACAGUAUGUGUGAUGACCUUAAUGUCUGAUUUUGAUCUUUGCUUCUUAAACAUGCUGGGAUUUGUAGCUUUCACUGUGCGUGUACAGACAUAACUUUAUUUAUAAUAAUCAUUCAGGAUGUUCUUUCCUCAUAUUAAGCCAUGUUUAAUGUUACGAGUGUUUAAUAAAUGAGAGAGAUAAGUUACCUAUGAUAGCUUUCCCAAAAUCAGUAUGCAAGAUAAAGCAAAGUAUUUGCUGGAAAGGGUGUAUAGUGGAUUCAGAUUUUAGGUGGCAUAAAUAUAAUCUUUAAUUAUGAAAUUAAUUUUAUGUGCAAAUUCUUACAUUUUUACCCAUGCAUUUCAAAUUCACUACAUUAUUAUCAGUGUACGAAUGUGCCAGCUGUGUGGGUAGAAUACAUGUUUCAUUUGACUGAUUUUCAAUUUGUUUUAAACAGCAUUGGCUCACAGGUUUUAGUAGUUUCAUCACAUCCUUUAUACAAAAUCUGAAUAUUCAUAAUGAACAAAUUAUGGCUGAUUUCUAAAGAUGAUACAUUGUCAGGUGUGACUUCGUCUUUGUUAAUCUCUGUUGAUGUUCCCCUCAAGGAAUCAAGUACUCGUCAUCACCCCUGGAGCUUCUGACACAGAUUGUGAUGAGAUUCGGAUGGCCUGCUGUUUUACAUUGUUUUUCAGUAGUGCCCGCAGAAUUGAACUUCCAAAGUUAAUAAAGUUGAUAUCGCAUAUAGAACAGUACGUUGAGAACCAUUAAACGAUCAUUUUCAGUCAGUGAAUCUGGCUGAGGUUAGCCAGAGCUUAGCAUUUCAAACGAAAUCUCUGAAAUCCAGCCAAAAUUGUCCCCUUCGCACAGUGAAAUACAAUUUAUACCAGCUAUUAGCACUAAACUGUUAGACUUUCAAUUAUAUGGGCAUGCAUUUGGAAAAAGUGAAGAAAUAAUCACUUAUUUUCACAGAGUUUGUGAAGUUCAUCAGAAGAGCAGCAAUCUUCCGACCCCUGACAGAUUUGCAGAAAUAAAUGGGAGGGUUGUUAGGCUCCCAUGAAACCCCCACUGGCUCUCAUUAGAAGUGUGAGGUCUGUGACACAGGCAUGUCAGCACAGUCUCCUGGCACUUGUUAUUUUGUAGUUAGAUCCCACCACACGCACAUGCAAAACCAUUUACAACCUCUGCUGCCUUUAAUGAAGACCACAAUACCACAACUAUACCAUAAAGCAGUCUUGACUGAAUCAUUUUAUUCUUGGCAAAACCCCCAAAAUGUUUAUUUUAACUGUUAGUUGUUGCUUAGUUGUUGUUUUUUAUUCAAAAUAUUGUUGUGGACUAGCAAUCAAAGGUGUAAAGUACUUGAGUAUUUUUACUCAAGGACAUUUAUCAAGUAUCUUUAUCGGAGUGUUGGGUAAAUUUUACUCCACUACAAUAUAAAGCAUAAAUUAUGUUUUUUACUCCAGUACAUUUAAUAAAAUACGUUUUUACGUGUUUUUAACACUUAAGUACAUUAAACAUCUACUUUU